AUGGUGCCUCAAGGUCUUUCCUUGACCCUAGUUUUUCUCUUGGCAACCCUAAUCGCAUUUAGUGAAGCCAAUAACAGCCGAAAGCUCCUGCAAACACCCACUAACUACCAACCAGUACAUUCUCCUCUUCCAUCUCCGGCCUAUUCUCCUCCGGCUGAUCUUCCUCCUCCACCGACUCCGGUCUAUUCUCCUCCGGCUGAUCUUCCUCCUCCUCCAAGUCCGGUCUAUUCGCCUCCAGCUGAUCUUCCUCCUCCACCUACUCCCGUCUAUACGCCUCCGGCUGAUCUUCCUCCUCCUCCUACUCCGGUUGCUCUUCCUCCUCCUCAAGCUUACAAAGCCUUUUAUUAUAGGAAAUCUCCACCACCACCACCUUCCCGCAAACCAUGGUGGUGGUUGUUGUGA